UUAGUAUUGUACAUUGUCAGAAAAGUUGGAUUAAUUAAAACUUUUCUAUCUACUAUGGAGCGAAUAAAAUUGGUUAUCAAUAUAAUUGUACAGUUUGAAUGAAUAAAGUCGCCAAAAAGAAAAUUUUCUUCACUGAAUUACCUUCUCUCUUCUUCAAUAAAAAUGAAAAUCAAAAACACUAACAAAGAACAUCUAACCAUAGGUGAAUAUCAUCGAAUGCAAUAAAUGAUGAGUAUGCUAACUAGUGAGUUGAUUGAACUUGGAAAUAUUAACAAAUGUAUGUCAGUACAAUCAUAUAGGUUUGAUCAACUCAUUCCAAACCCAUGAAAUCGUUAUAUUGUUUUUAGGAAGUAACCACACCCUACUGCAGAUAUAUGGAUGACACGUUCCUUGUCUGCAAAAAUCACCAACACUCCAUGUACCUACUUAGUCUGUUCAAUAAAGUACACAAAGAUAUAGAAUUUACCAUGGAACAUGAAGUUGAUGAUAAAUUCCAUUUCCUAGAUAUUGGAAUUAGGCGAACAUCAGACGGCACACUACAAAGACACAUUCACUGCAAAAAUACUUGGAGCGGAGUUUAUCUCAACUUUAACAGCUUCUGUCCAAUGAGUUAUAAAAAGGGUAUUGUGCGAAACCUUUUUGACCGCGCACGAAAAAUCUGCUCAAAAGAAUGCCUCGAAGAAGAAAUUACUACAAUCACCAAAUGCCUACGUGAAAAUGCAUAUCCGGAUAAAUUCAUCCACAAAUAUGCUAAUACAAACUCUCCGAUUAAGCAUGAUACAGUUGAAAAGAAAACCUGCUUCCUAUCCUUACGCUUCAAAGCAGAUGAAGUCGCCGGAAUUAUCAAUCACAGAAUUAAUUCCGCUUUAAAAGUGACCUACCCGGCAGCCAAACUGACUACGUUAUGGAAAACAUACUGCUCACUGAAACAAACGAAAAUCGACAAGUCCUCUCCCCUCAUUUGCUCCAACUGCAUUUACCAAUUCACAUGUACGUGCCGUAGCACAUACAUUGGAAGAACUGAGAGAAGAGUACAGGUUCGCAUUUCUGAGCAUAUUCAGAAGAAUUUGACGCUGCGAGGGACUAAAGCUUUUAACAGUGCAAUAGCUCGGCAUCUACUUGACACCGGGCAUACCGUCGAUAUUAUGCGCGCGUUUAAAAUUAUCAAUAGACAAAGAACUACUACCACUCUCUGCUUUGCUGAAGCCAUUGCAAUUAAGAAACUGAAACCGGACUUAUGCAUCCAAAAAGAGACUUUAAUAAACUUAUCACUACCCUGGUAAUCCUUUUGUUUCUGUUUGUUUUGUGUUUUGGUUAUUUUAUUCAUUUACUUAUUCUAAGAUAAUUUAUACUCCCCGCCCUAUUACCUGGUUCUUAGAAUAAAUUUUAUUCACACAUUUCCAUCACCUGAUCCUCUUAAAUCAUCUUAACUUUCCAAACCCUAUUUAAUUAUUAUUACGUAAUCUACCUUAUCAUUAAUUAAUUCCAUUAAUCUCUACAAUUAUCACACAAUUUAUGAGCUUCACUAAAUUAUUACACCACCCACCCUGGAUUAAUCCCCCUCUGUUGACCUCUGAUCUGUUUCUAGCAUAUAUAUAUAUAUAGUUAUUAUUGUAAUCCAGUUAUUUACACUCAUUUAUGUCAAUUGUUUCACACUAUCUCCAUGUAAAAAAAUUCUAUCACAAUUUUGGUUUGUAAGCAGCUGACGAGAAACCUCGAAAUAAUAUGAAUUCAUAC